AUGAUUUCAAACAAAACUGUAUUCAUCGGAGUUUGUGUGUUGAUCCUGACAAUCGCCAACAAUGCUCCUGUUGAGGCUUCCCCUCAGAUUGAACUUAUGGGAGGGUACGACAUUAUUGGGAUCUGCAUAACAAAUUGUGCUCAGUGUAAAAAAAUGUAUGGUGCGUUCUUCGAGGGACACCUGUGCGCUGAAGCAUGCGUUCAAUUUAAAGGCAAAACCAUUCCAGAUUGUGAAGAUUUGAGUUCGAUAGCUCCAUUUUUGAACAAAAUGAAUUAA